AUGGAACGUAGACAGGGAACUGAGGUGGGUGCAACGGCAGUACGGUUCAACAUCCGUUUCCGGCGCGCACACAAAGACUUCCGCCAGACGACAUGGGCACCGAGACGCAUCCGCGGCGCGGAGAUGAAAGACCUGAGAGCUUCCACCACACGUGGUGACAUAACUGUCGCGUUCAUCCACGAUACGAUAAUUAAAGCUGAUAUU